CCGAGCCAUUCGCACGCCUUUACAAUUUUCCAGCACUCGCGCUCUCUUCUUUCGCUUCGUUUUCUCGCAAUCCUCCUCUAAGCUUCGCAUUAUUCCAACAAAAAUCGCUUUUCCCCGACUCUAUGCAUGCUCUAACACCCAGGUGAACGUUCUAGUGAGCGCCUAUUCGUGAAACCGUUUGAUUUCCCCCUCAGAGAGUUUCGGGAGAAUGUCUACAAUGAGCGAUUAUGAGCGCAUCCGACUGGUCAUCCUGGGUGGACAGGGAGUUGGAAAAAGCUGCAUCAUCAAGCGCUUCCUCUUCAACACCUACUGCAAUAAGUACCGGAGCACUGUAGAGGAUCUCUACAAUAAGGAGUACGAUCUGGGGCACAUGACUCUAAAAGUGGACAUUCUUGAUACAGCUGGUGACAUGCAAUUUCCAGCGAUGCGACGUCUCUGCAUAGCUACAGCUCACGCUUUCCUUUUGGUCUACUCUGUCGCUUCUGUCCCAUCCUUCGACUGUGUCAAGCAGUGCUUUGAGGAAAUCCGGGAAAACCGCAACGAUUACCAGGACAUUCCGAUUGUUGUGGCCGGUAAUAAGCUGGAUCUUACCACCAGUCAGCGGGAAAUUACCAUUGAGGAUGUUUCCGAGUGGGUUUAUUGCGAACUACCCAAGCUAAGAGUGAAAGUGUUAGAAUGCUCAGCCAAAGACGACAUAAACAUCAAGGAAAUCUUCCGCUCACUUCUCACCUUAUCCAAACUGCUGCCAAGAAAAGAUCCAUCCGAUACAGGCACUGGCCUGAAGCGAAGAUCCAGCGCCUACGUUUCGGCUACUAGUAAAGAUCGAAGAAGGGCGGAGAGCCCGCUACUUGAAGCAGACAAAGCGUCUGGAUCGGGAUCGGGAUGCUUAGAGGGAAUUCAACCGUCUAAACCGCGCUCCCGCUCGCUGAUUCGUCGAGCCAGCAGGAAAACAAAACAGCAAAUACGUGACGCACAGGUGAACGAGUGUAAUGUGUCCUAAACUGUUUAACGAGGGUCCAAAUUUAGGGUAAGAGGGUUCCUUCGUAAGGGAUUUCCGUUCUUUUCUACGUGUUUUAUACGUAUAGACUAGCUUUAUCGGAUCAAGGGUCAAAGACGAUUCACGUCGACUAAUUUAGACGGUUUUUAACAAUAAUUCACUAUCAAUAAAUGUUUUUUAAUUGUGUAUGUGGAGUGAAUUGGGGCGGAGGCAAACGCCUCCAAAACGCUCCAUUUGACCAUGUAAGAUAAUCCAUUAGAACCUGUGAUUUUCCUUAAAUAUAUGUAUACAAACUAAAACGGUUGGACUUAAACGGUUGAAAACCCCUUUCAGGGGUGUUGGCAUAUAUACAGGGCGUUUCUGCAAGUUGGGCACUGAAAUGGAAUCCCCUUUCUCCGCUUGAGACACCCUGUAUUAAAAUAGGCAAGACUUUUGCCGAAAGUACCGAAAAGUUGCAUAAAUACGUCCGUUUCAUACAAGAACUUUAACUUCAUCAGGGGAAUAUUAGCCAUAUCAGCCAUUCCCGAUUCUUUCCAGAAGUUUUCAGCUGAUAAGUCAACAGAUUAUUUUUCCGCCCGUCUUAGACUAAGUAUACUUAUCCUCAAACGUUUUAGGUUAAGUUAGCACUUAAGUACAGAGUUAAGCGACUAGAGCUCGAUAUCAUCUAAAGCUGACAAGCUUUAAGGUUUCGGAAAAUGUUUAUAAUAAUAUUUAUUUAUAAGUUAAGCUGAUCAGUGAUGCUGUUUAAUAAAACAACGGUCCAAUGAGAA